AGACAGUGAAGGGACACAAACUGGAGAGCAGAAGAGCCGUUCAGCAGAGAGAGGCAGAGAUAGAGAGAGAGAGCGCGCGGAGCAGAGGGAGAAUUCAGAAGCGAGUCCUGCUGUGUAUUCCUCCAAAGUACUGAGUGAUGAGUCGCAGUAUUGUGCGCCAGAGUAAGUUCCGGCAUGUUUUUGGACAGGCUGCGAAGGCAGAGCAGAGCUAUGAUGACAUUCGAGUUUCCAAGGUGACAUGGGACAGCUCCUUCUGUGCAGUCAACCCAAAGUUUUUGGCUGUUAUAGUGGAGUCCAGUGGAGGAGGGGCCUUUUUGGUUCUACCUCUGUCAAAGGUGGGCCGUGUGGACAAAAACUACCCCCUGGUCAUAGGACACUCUGGGCCUGUCCUGGAUAUUGACUGGUGUCCCCACAAUGACAAUAUCCUGGCCAGUGGUUCUGAAGACACUACUACUAUGGUAUGGCAGAUUCCUGACCACACUCCAUGCCGGCCAAUCAGCGAGCCGAUUGUAGUGCUGGAGGGACACUCCAAACGCGUGGGCAUUGUAAAGUGGCAUCCCACUGCCCGCAACAUUCUCCUCACUGCCGGCAGUGAUAAUCUGAUCAUCAUCUGGAAUGUGGGCACUGGAGAGCCUCUGAUCACAAUGGAUGAUCACCCAGACCUCAUCUAUAACGUCAGCUGGAACUACAAUGGAAGCCUGUUUUGCACCACUUGCAAAGACCGCCGUCUUCGUGUCUGUGACCCCAGGAAGAGAGAGGUGGUGGCGGAGAGACUGUCACCACAUGAAGGCAUCAGGCCGAUGAGAGCAAUCUUCACCAAAGAGGGCAACAUCUUCACCACAGGCUUCACCAGGAUGAGCCAGAGAGAGCUUGGCCUCUGGGACCCGACAAAUUUUGAGGAGCCCAUUGCACUUUUGGAGUUGGACACAAGUAAUGGGGUCUUACUGCCAUUUUAUGAUCCAGACACUAGCAUGGUAUAUCUGUGUGGCAAAGGGGACAGCAGCAUUCGGUAUUUUGAGAUUACAGAGGAGCCUCCCUAUGUGCACUACCUCAGCACAUACAGUAGCAAGGAGCCACAGCGAGGAAUGGGCUUCAUGCCCAAGAGAGGAGUGGACGUCAGCAAGUGUGAGAUUGCCAGGUUGUUCAAGCUCCAUGAAAGGAAAUGUGAGCCUAUCAUAAUGACAGUCCCUAGAAAGUCGGAUCUGUUCCAGGAUGAUCUUUACCCAGAUACGGUGGGUCCAGACCCAGCGCUGGAGCCUGAAGAGUGGCUGGAUGGCCGAGAUGAGGACCCCAUCUUGAUCUCCCUGAGGGAUGGCUAUGUUCCACCAAAGAGCAGAGAGCUAAAAGUGUCUAAGAAGAACGUCUUGGACUCUAGACCUGCACCUCGCAGGAGCUUGUCCGCUGUUGACGGGAGCAGUUUGCCACCUCAGUUGUUGGAGAAGCUUGUGGAGGAAAUUCAAAGCCUGAAGGCCACAGUUCUUUCUCAAGAGAAGCGAAUCUGUGACUUAGAGAAUAAACUCUCCAAGUACACCAACGGCACUGUCUGACCGAUUCAGUAAAGCACAGUCAUCCUUGUACACACUGCCCAAUCCCUACCAACUCCUAAUAGAUGCACUCAUGUAUACCACACUACCACAGCAUUAACUGAGUUUUUAUUAAAGUGCAUUCACUCCUUACAGCUUCUGUUAUUGAGGCAAUGAGCAAUAGUUAAAGUUAAAAUGAUGGAUCUUACUAAUGCUAUCAGUCAAGCUUUACAGCAUCUUUUCAAACGUUUCUAUAAUUUUAAAGGACAUUUACUGCACAUAAGCUACAAGAGUGUGAACUUGAAUAAUGUUACAGAAUUAUAGAUUUCCCCUGCAGUUAAUAGUUAAUUCUUUGUAAUAGUCAUAUUCGACCUGACCUGUUCUUUGUGGGAGCCACUGUAUGAACCUUCCAGAACUAUGUUGACCCAGAUAUACAAUACUGUGCAAAAGUCAGAAACCACACUUCAUCAUUUGAUUUCAAAAUGAAUCAAAAAUUAGUCGAAAAGGCCAUUAGGUAUCCGAAUUAGAGGGGGGAAAAACAUGUUUCUCAGAAAAUUUCACAGAAGCUUCAACAAAUACAAUUUACAUUCUCCUGAGUGACUUGCUUUCAGAUUUUUUAAGAAAUCUCCACACCACAAAAGUUUAGUAUUAGAUGUUGGUUACAUUUUCUGCUUCUCCCAGUCCAAGAAAUCCCUCACACAUUUGAUGUUGAGGUCUGGGCUCUGGGUCGUCAGUCAAUCAUUCCAAGAACACCAGCCGCUUCUUGGUUCGAUUUGCAAUUGUUUCUGUUUAUUUCCUUUCCACAAUAACGGCUUCUUGUCAGCUACUCGUCCUUAUGUUAAGGUGCCUUCUCACAGUGAAAGGAGUGACAAUCACUUUUUAGAGUGGAGCUUGACUUUCUCUUCUCUCUCAGAGUUGAAAGUUUUAAGUACUGUUUAUCUGACGGCAACAGUUGCUGGUGGUAUUGUGUGGUUGUGAGUCCCAUUUUCUCUACAUCUUUUAAUCAGAAUUUUAAUUCCAGUUUGGGAAAUAAGUUUUUAACUUAUUUCCUUUUGACUUCCUCCUUCCUUAUGCAAGUGGAUUAUAUUAUACCUAAUCUCCUUAGAAUUAUCUCCUGAAACUUGAAUAACUUGUACUUAAUGGCAGUUUUGACUGGAAAUGAAAUAAAUAAAGGGUGGUCUCUGACUUUUGCACAGUGCUGUGCUACAUGGGAAAACAAAGCUUAAGUAAUUGAAGAAGCUGGGAAUCUGGGAAGCACUUUCUAAAUUGAUAGUAUAUUGCCAUGGCAAGUGUACAACCCCUGCAUAUUCCAAGUGUUAAAUAAAUUGUGUGUAGUUUUACUGCUGUUACUCUGCUGCUCAACAAUACUUCAAUGUAAAACCAUCAGGCAUCCCCAUUAAACUAACUUACUAGUGUGAAUAACUCAAGUUUACUGACAGUUUGUUGGGGUGUGAUUGUUAGAGCAGGCUCCUCUUUUUUUCGUCUUAUUUGCUUGUGAUGUAUUUACUGCAUUAUCGUAGAACACUGCUACAUUCAUGAACAUCUGAUACAGCAGCUCUUAGUUCAGUAAAAUGGCAGACCUUAUUAAGAGUCAACUAAACAACAACUGUCAUAAAGCCCAGAAACAAAGGAGUCUCAGAUUUCAUGUAUGCAUUACAGUGAAAUCGGUUUGGACCACACAGCCCAAAAUGUAAAUACAGCGGUGAAGGUUGAGACAGCUCAAUGAGUAAGAUUGAACUUUAGGCUGAAAUAAAGCAGGCUAUACUUUAAAGACCCAUGUACAUCAUUUAUGUCUGCCAGUUCAUUACAAGUCAUCUCAGCAUGUUUGUCAUGCAGAGAAACCUAAGGUGUAUUUAUGAUAGACCCGAAUAGCUAUAGGACGUAUCUUUGUAGUACAAACGGAUUCCCAAGCAUCUCUACUUUCUGAAACGUGUUCUUGCUGUGGCUCCUACAGUACUGUGUUAAACAGCAACCCUUUCAUUUCUUGCAUCCAGACUCACACAGCCCUACCUGUCCAUCUUUGACCAACAUGAAAGAUGUCUCAUGCGGCUCUGGUUAUACAUUUUAAAAUGUAAAUAUUAUUUAAAAAAUGAAUAAAAUAUGAAAAAAAAGCGAAA